UCCGUCAGCGGCGGGGGGGCGGGGCCGGCACCGCCCGCGGGCCAGCAGGGUGCGUUGCGCCGCGCGGUGUCUGAGGCGGCGGCUCCGCUCCGCGCCCGCCGCGCCCGCUCCCGCCGGUACCGGAGAUUUGUCCUUUCCCCCCUGCAGCGAGUGCCCUGUGAGGCAGAGGAGUGGGGACACCUGCCCAGGAGGAAUCCAGGAAAAUCCAGGAAAAUCCAGGAAAAUCCAGGAACCCACCCGGACCGGGGACAGAGGAGGCCGAGACUGCUCUGCAGUAGGAAGGAUUCUCCAGUGCUGGGGCCCGGAGCUGAUGGCACAGAAUGUCCACCACUAACAACAUAGCGCAGGCUCGGAAGCUGGUGGAGCAGCUCCGCAUCGAGGCCGGGAUCGAGAGGAUCAAGGUGUCCAAAGCAUCCUCGGAGCUGAUGAAUUACUGCGAGCAGCAUGCCCGGAACGAUCCUCUCCUGGUGGGAGUCCCCGCUUCCGAGAAUCCCUUCAAGGACAAAAAGCCCUGCACCAUCCUAUAGCUCCGGAACCUUCCAGAAGGGAAUCCCCGCCGGAUCCAGCUCCUCCACACCUCCACCCACGCCCAGGGGUAAAAACUCAGCGCUGCCUUCCAGCAGAACUUCAAAAAUCCCCCAGGAAAACCAACAGAAAACAGCCCAAGAAAAAACAAAACAAACAAAAA